AUAUUCUCAAUGUCAUGCAGUAUGUAGUAAUGUAGUGUAGAGUGUAGAGUGUAGUGUCAAUAAAAUGAUUCUGUUGGUCCUACUAGUGUUACUCUUGCCGCUGUUGAUUAGUUACUAUUUUAAAAAGAAAAAAAGAUAUGAGGAACUAUGGAAAUAUUUGGAUGUUAUUCCUGAACCGAAAAGCUAUCCGAUACUCGGAACUAAUUACAAAAUACAUACAAGAGAAUCAUUAUUUGUAAGAGAGAGACUAAGAGCGAUUGACUUGUUUCCUAUUUAUAAGUUAUGGUCGUUCGAUAUAGCAGCAGUGAUUGUAAUGCAUCCUGAAGACGUUGAGUUGGUGGUAAAUAAUUCAAAGCACAAUGACAAGAGUUUGAUAUACAGCUUUCUUCAUGAUUGGCUGGGAACUGGUCUUUUAACUAGUGGAGGCACAAAAUGGAAUAAAAGAAGAAAAAUUUUAACGCCGGCGUUCCAUUUUAAUAUACUUCAGGAAUUCGUUGGGAUGUUAAACAAAGAAACACAAAUAUUGGUUGAUAAUUUGAUGAAAUUAUCUGAUGCUCCUCACAUAGAUGUAACUAAAUCUAUCACUGAAUUUACUUUAUACUCAAUUGGAGAAACUUCUCUAGGCGUUUCUCUUCGAGAAGAUCCUAACUGCAAACGAUACAAACAAGCUGUUUACGAUUUCGGAGAGUAUUUUGCUUACAGACUUGUUCGCCCUUGGUUGUACAUUCCAUUAAUAUAUAGAUUAAGCUCAGUAUAUAAGAAGACUAAAAACACAAUAAAUAUUCUACAUGACUUUUCCACAAACGUUAUCAAUGAACGUAAGAAAACUUUCGUUCCCAAUGAUAAUUUAAGUUAUUCCGAUAGGAAAAGGUUGGCCCUCUUAGACUUGAUGUUAAGAGCCAAACAUGAUGGAGCUGAUAUUGACGACGAAGGAAUUAGAGAAGAGUUAGAUACAUUUAUUUUUGAGGGCCAUGAUACUACAGCUUGUUCCAUAGGUUUUACCCUAAUGGCAUUAGCAAAUGAACCAAAAAUACAGGACAAAGAUUUGCACUUUUAGAAAUCAAAGCUGUUCUGUGUGGAAUACUGCGAAAGUUCAAACUGGAACCAGUCACCAGGCCCGAAGAUGUCGUUUACGCAGCAGAUUUAGUGUUACGAUCUUCUGGAGAAAUAAAGGUUAAAUUUGUACCAAGAGUUUAAAUAAAAUUCUACUUAAUUUCUUUUA